CACUAUACCCAUCCGAGAUUGAGUGGCGCUUCAUUUCAUUCCAAUUCGGUGUCCCAUUCUAUUCAUUCAUUAUAUUUACGUCAUGCUUGGGUCAUUCUUCUACCUUUGCCUCUGUCUGGCGUCCAUAUCGGUGUCUGUGUUUGGUCUGAAAUUGGAUGAUUUAGUGGUGUGUCCCCCAAAUGUUGGUUGCCUCAGGGGCACCUAUAUGAAGGGCUAUCAAGUGGAAAAAUUUCAGGCUUUCAUGGGCAUUCCAUAUGCCCUGCCACCAUUGGGCGAGCUAAGAUUCAGUAAUCCCAAAGUAAUGCCCAAAUUGUCGGGAAUCUAUAAUGCUAGUUUAGCCAAAUCGGAUUGUAUACAAAAGAAUUAUCUUCUGCCCACUCCUAUCAUAUAUGGAGAAGAAGAUUGUCUUUAUUUAAAUGUCUACAGGCCAGAGCGCAUUUCGAAACUUCGUUUACCCGUCAUGGUCUAUAUACAUGGCGGUGGUUUCUUUAGCGGAUCAGCUGGUCCUUCAGUUACUGGACCAGAAUAUUUCAUGGACACAGGCGAGGUUAUUGUGGUCACAAUGGCUUAUAGAUUGGGAGCUUUGGGUUUCCUAUCCACUCAAGAUGCCAAUAUCCCGGGUAAUUUUGGUCUCAAAGAUCAGAAUUUGGCUUUGCGUUGGGUUCGCAAUAACAUUGCCUUUUUUGGUGGUAAUCCACAACGUGUGACCAUAUUUGGUCAGAGUGUGGGUGGCGUUUCUACUCAUCUGCAUCUGCUAAGUCCCAAAUCUCAGGGUCUCUUUCAAGCAGUGAUUAGCAUGAGUGGCACGGCAAAUGUUCCCUUUGCCGUGAAUUCGAAACCUCUGGAACAAGCUCGAAAAACUGCAGAGUUCUGCCAAAUCGAAGGAGCCGACAAUUUAAGUACAGCCAAAUUAGCUCGAGCCUUGAGAAACAUUGAUGUCUAUACACUGAUCAAUGCUGGCGAUGGCCUUAAAUUUUGGGAUGUAGACCACAUGACAAAUUAUCGUCCAGUCAUAGAACCAGUGGGAAAGGAAGCCUUUCUAACCAUUCACCCCAAUAAACUAUUGGCCAAGGGUGGCUAUCGAAAAGUUCCUUGGCUCUUGGGUACGGUGCCCGAGGAGGGAGCCGUCCGUGUAGUCAAUAUCAAGGAGAACAUCACUUUACGUGAGGAUUUCAAUUCGAAAUUCGAUUAUUUACUGCAAGAGUUAAUGGAAUGGCCCAGUGAAUUUAAUGCCCAGCAGCUGAAGGAGAAAACAAAGAUCCUAAUUGACGAAUUCUUUGGGGGUAUUCAUGAGAUCAAUGAUAAAACAGUUCAAGGAUUUUUGGAUUUGAUUACAGUGCGAGGCUUUAAGCAGCCUCUCUAUAAUGCCAUCACAGAUUAUGUAAGAUCUGUGGAUACCAACAAAUAUCCCUUCUAUAUGUACAGCUUCAAUUAUAAAGGACCUGUUAGUUAUGCUUCCAUCUAUACACAAGCAAAUGUCACUGGCAAAUAUGGAGUAGUUCAUUGUGAUGAUUUGAUCUAUUUGUUUCGUAGUCCUAUUUUAUUUCCCGAUUUCGCAAAGAACUCCACCGAAGCCAAAGUAAUCAAGACGUUUGUCAGAUAUUUUAUAAAUUUUGCCAAAUUCGGUAAACCGCAAAAUGUACCACCUUUAAGUUGUUGCACCGAAGAGAUUUUAAAAUCACGACCUGAAGGCAUUUGUGAUUAUCAUGAAUUUAUUAAUAAUAAACAAAAUACAGAAGGAUUCGAAAUUAGAGUUAAUGAUAAAUUUCCAACGAAUAGAGUUAAAAUAUGGAGUAAUUUAUUAGAGGAAAUGAAGAAUUUUUAAAAUUAACUUUAAUUUUUUUGAUUAAAUUUAUGUAGACUAGAUUAUCCUUUUAUAUGUAAAUAAUAAAUAAUAAUAAACAAAAAGAAAGUUGUAAAUAAAAAGAAAAAAUAUAUAUUAAA